AUGGGGAACAAUAGUAGCUCCACGGUGGAUGAUCUGCAGGCUGUUGAAAUCCACCACUGGUACAAAAAGUUCAUGACGGAGUGUCCUUCUGGACAGCUGACGGAGCACGAGUUUAAACAGUUCUUCGGGCUUCGAGGGCUGGAUCCAGAAGCCAAUGAGUACAUUGAGCAGAUGUUCCGCACAUUUGAUAUGAACAAGGAUGGGUAUAUUGACUUCAUGGAAUAUGUGGCUGCCCUCAGCCUCGUUCUCCGUGGGAAGAUGGAGCAGAAAUUACGGUGGUAUUUCAAACUCUAUGAUGUAGAUGGCAACGGCUGCAUUGAUCGACAUGAAUUGCUCAACAUCAUUAAGGCUAUUCGAGCUAUUAAUGGUGGUGACCAUGAAACUAGUGCAGAAGAGUUCACCAACCGAGUCUUCAGCAAAAUUGAUGUGAAUGGAGAUGGUGAACUUUCUCUGGAUGAAUUUGUGGAGGGAGCAAAGAAAGACGAGGAGUUCAUGGAGGUUAUGAUGAAAAGUUUGGACCUGUCACACAUUGUGGCCAUGAUCAACAACCGUCGGCAUAGUGUAUAA